AAAAAUGGCCGCGUUUGGUAUGUGCGAAACCCCCGGUUGCAAAUCUAUUGCACAAUUACAAUGCCCGACGUGUAUUAAACUUGGUGUACAGGGCUCAUUCUUCUGCAAUCAGGAUUGUUUCAAGAAAUCGUGGAAAACGCACAAAGUUAUCCAUUCGUUGGCGAAGGGCGAGUCGACAGAUGGCUCGAAUGUCGAGUACAAUCCUUGGCCUUCAUACAAUUUCUCGGGGAAGUUGAGGCCGUACCCGCCGGGGCCGAAGAGGACGGUACCGCCGCAUAUAGGUCGCCCCGACUACGCUGACCACCCGACCGGUUUCCCCGCGUCUGAGAACGCUGCGAAAGGCUCUGGGCAGAUUAAAGUGCUAGACGAUGAGGAGAUCGAGGGUAUGCGGGUGUCCUGCCGCUUGGGAAGGGAAGUGCUGGAUGAAGCUGCAAAAGCUUGUGCAGUUGGUGUGACAACCGAUGAGCUUGACCGUGUCGUCCACGAGGCCUGCAUUGAGAGAGAAUGCUAUCCGAGCCCGCUCAACUACCACAACUUUCCUAACAGCUGCUGUACUUCUGUUAAUGAGGUUAUUUGCCACGGGAUACCAGAUACCCGUCCGUUGGAGGAUGGUGACGUCUGCAAUGUCGACGUAACAGUCUACCACCGUGGCUUCCACGGUGACCUCAACGAGUCAUUCUUCGUAGGCAAUGUGCCCGAAUCAACUCGGAAACUGGUCCAGGUGACCCACGAGUGCCUGAUGAAGGCCAUAGACAUCGUUAAGCCCGGCGAGAAGUACCGUGAGAUUGGGAAUGUUAUACAGAAGCAUGCGCAGGCCAACGGGUUCAGCGUAGUUAGGAGUUACUGCGGACAUGGAAUACACAGGCUGUUCCAUACUGCUCCUAAUGUUCCACAUUAUGCCAAAAACAAAGCGGUAGGUGUGAUGAAGCCUGGCCACUGUUUCACGAUCGAGCCAAUGAUCAACGAGGGAAGUUGGCGUGACGAACAGUGGCCAGAUCACUGGACCGCCGUCACCGCCGACGGGUCGCGCUCUGCCCAGUUUGAACAAACGCUGCUAGUGACAGAAACCGGGUGCGAUAUCCUGACCGCACGCGGCGCCGGUCGGCCCUGGUUCAUGGAUCAACUGGAGAAACUCAACGCUAACUCUUAGUCUAUCCGCAGGCCAACGGUUCUGAAAGUCAGU